AUGAGUGACAAUUCGAUCACCACAUCUUCAGCACCGUUAGCAUCAUCGAUAGAGCAAGAGAAAUCCACCAUUCAAACAUUAACAGAUUCUUUAUUCAAACUCUGCAACAUCCAAGAGAUCGAAACCAAUGCUCACUUUCAACAAAUCACUGAAAGCACUUCCCAACAAUUCAAAGAAUGUCAAUUCCCUGAUAAUGAAUAUCAUACGAAAGGCAUUGCAGACGUUUGUUUUUGGAUCUCGCUCUGCUUACCCUAUGCUUCAUUCGAAGAUCUUCGGCUGUUUGCUGCUAUUCUUGCAUAUCUGAGCGUUGUGGAUGAUGCAUGCGAUCAAGAAAAGGAUCUUACUGGAGAAUUAAGAGACGAACUUGAAUCUCAUAUUGAAUUGUUGACGACAAUCGAAUCGAUUUUCAACAACAACCUCAAAAUCACUUCAACACUCGAAAGUCCAUCAUUUCAACAUCAAAUUACAUCACCAACGGAUUCGCCUUAUUAUUGUUCAAUGACCAGUCCUAAUGAAUCAAGUACUCUAUUAGCACUUUCAUCUAUCACAACAAGUCCUUUUUCUCCUCAAUGCAACACCGUUCAACACAAAAUCGAACCUUGUCACAAUCCAUCUUUGGAGCUUGGAAAGAAAGUCCUUUUCCAGUUAUAUACAUCUCGAUCUGCAAAUGUCUCUUCUAAGACAAGGAUGGAAAUUGACCAUUUUCAGAAUGUUCGAUUCAUCAUGAUGGAGACAUUCGAGCACAAUGUUGGGAUAGCUAAUCUAUGGGCGAAAGACUCAAGUCCAACUUUAACCGAUUACAUGAAAAUGAGAGAGAAUGAUUCUCUAGCAAAAAUUUUAAUGUAUUUUGGCUUUAUGUUAGCCAUGAGUGAUAAAACGAGAGAUGACGAUGAUGAUGUGGUCAUCGAUAAAACACAAGUGACAGAAAUGGGUGAAAACUGUAACCCAUUUGAAGAGCUCAGAAAGAGUGAGUUCUAUAAGAGUGCUGUCAAGGUAUGCAUUUUGGUCAAUGACAUAUGUUCCUACCCCAAAGAUCUGAAAUGUGAAAUUCAGAACAAUUAUAUCUCUCUGUGGAUGAAAGAGCAUGAAGGAUCAAAUCUGGAGGAGAGUUUCAUGCACGGUAUUUCCGAGCUUGUCAAAUGCGUGAGAAUUAUGAAUCAACAAUUGGAAGAACUCUCUUCAAAGAAAGAUGAUGAUGAAUCCAUUCGAUUGUUUUCAAUCUUUAAGAACUUUAAAACUGUUGCCGUGGGAUACAUGGGAUGGUGUCUGAAAUCACCUCGAUUCAAACAUGAAAAUCAUCCAGUGCCUCAAUUGAAAAAGAUGCCAAAGACGACCACCAAAGACAACUCCUCUCUCGAGACAACAUCCAGUGUUCCUCCAAUGUUGACAAUUAACACACCAUCUGCACCUGUCACCUACUUGGAUGUCAUUCGAAAUGAAAAGAGGAAGAGAUUCCUAUUGAAUAAUUCCAACCACCAUUGCUCGAUCACGAUCGACAUUGGGGAUGAUUCUCUGUCAGACGGAAAAGUCACCACACUCUCCAAACAAAACAACAUUUGCAACGAUGAACUUAUCUUUGAUUCCUUUCCAGACGUUGCCUUUCAACAAGUUGCUUCUCAAACUGUAUCUGUAAGUAACUCGGCCAUGGACGAAAUCAUCUCAAUCGCAAUGAUCAAACGAAAAGAACAUGAUGUAGUGAACGUCACCGAUUUAAGGAGGAGCGAACUCGCGUAUAAUCACAUUCUCAAUGGAGUGCCUCUGAUCAUGAUGGUCCUUCACUACUUUGGUAUCAUGUCGUGGUGGCAGAUUUUUCUCAUUCAACAAUAUUGUACCAUCAGGUGGACUCUCUCCUUACACACUCUUUUACAUGCAUGUGCCAAGUUUGAUUUCUUUUCUGAAGUUUUGAUUGGUAUGGGUAAUUUUGGUCAGUUUUUCACACUCUCAGCGGCAAAGUAUGGUCACAAAACACAUCACAUGUUUACAGAGACAGAGAAGGAUGCAGAUUAUGUGUUCUUUGCGACAAAUAAUGUGUUACUUCUUCUCAUCAAGUGUCUGUUUUUUGCAGAAUACUACUCGUAUAUUUAUGUUUCACACUUGGUAAAGAAAUUGAAAGCAAAUGAGAACCUUCAUGAUGCCAUUCAUUCUGGAGAAUUCAAACACUUGGUAAGAUUUAUAGCCAUCAUGACUGUGAAAAUAUUAUUUUUCAUUGCAUUCAUUGGAAUUUUCUCCACCUCUUUCAUGGUUGUCAUUCUAAGUGCAAGAUUUGCUUCGAGUUAUGUGUUGGCCAUUUUCACUCAACUCAUUCACAAAUUAGAUAUGGUUCUCUUUUUUAACAGAAUGAACAAGAUCUUCCCAAGACGAUUGCAUUUGGAUCGAUUGCUGAAUCUCAUCUUUGGAUCCAAUAUUCAUGUGGUUAAAUAUCAUGCCAUUCAUCAUGAGUUUCCAUGGAUCUCACCCACAUCCUACUAUCCUUAUUUAAUGAAUUGCGAGCGAGAGUUGAAACAAAACACAAAGUCCUCAACGUCCAACUCUUCUUCUACCCUAUCCACUGUAUCAGGAGCACCUGUAAAUUAUUCAAUUGCCGAAAAUUCAGUCUAA